AUGCCAUCUUGUGGAAACUGUAGUUGCACUAUUGAUUCUAUUUUACUUGGCUGGUGCGAUUUCUGCUUGAAAGAUGCCAAUAUUAAAGAACAUCAUAUUGAAGCAUCCCUCCAUAAGCCACUUGCCUCCACCUUAUCCAAUCCCCCAGCAACAACCAGUUCCCAAUUUCCUUUCCGAAGAAACACUGUCAUUCGCCCCAGCUCCCAGCCCUCCUCAGUACCCCCAACAAGCACUUCAGCCCUCGAUGAAUAUUUUCAGAAUGCUGUCAGGAAUAAACAAAAGAAACCUCAAAUCAACACCCAAACCGGCAUUCUCAAUGUGAAGCAGAAAGUCGACCUCGACAACCCGAAGCUUUAUGACGACCUUCUCGACUCUCUCUGGGGGUUGUUUUCUAUCCAGCUCGAGAAAAAAUCAUUACUCCCUGGCUCACCCGAUUCAUCAGAAGGAUGUGUCAGCCUUGCCCAAGGGAAAAGUGUAUUGCCCACUCCAGAAGCCCUAGAAUAUGUUGUUAGGAAAUCAAAUGACCGAAAGCCUGUCCUGAUCAACAUUAUUUAUCAAUACGAAACUCCUCAAGAUAAAUCCUCAGAUUCAGAAUAUUCUUCUUCCAACCACAACAACAACACCUCUUCCAAGCCGGCAACUCGAUCCUCACGAUCAAGAUCAACCACGAAUACCAAAUUUAGCAAGUCACGCUCUAAGGAUUACGAUUCUUCUGACGAUAGUAACAGCUCUUUGGAAGAAAACCUCUUGAUAACAAAGUCAUCCACUCGAUCUUCCAGGAAAAAGUCUUUGGUUGAUGAUUCAACUCGACAUUCUAGAAAACAGUCAACCCGAACUUGCCGAAAAAAGUCUGUUGUUAAUCAGUCUCGUUCAUCUGAUGACAACAAUAUGUCCUCUGAUGAAAAUAUCACAAUCAUGCCACGACCAACCCAACCUUUGGUCAAAAACCCUCUUCAAGACCAUCAUCCCAAAAACAAAACCUCGCAAUCUAUGAUAUCAGGUGUCUCCCACAUGAAGAAAAUUGAGAACUCAUGGGCUUCUGCGGGUAUUGCAAGUACAAUGCCCCGAUUGGGAAGUUCUAGCCUGUCCACCCAGCUACAGACCGAACCCAUCACAUUAAGGAUCUUUAGGGAUGUGAUCAUUGGUCAGGGAAGUAUGAGACGUGCAUUGAAGGCUGAAGUGAAAUCAAUUUCUGAAGAUGGCGCGGAAAUAAUCUCAAACUAUGUUGCAAAGAUUCGAUAUAAAGAAAAUCUGUCAUCACUCUCAUCCCAUGCAAACGAUGCCAUGAUGUAUGAAGCUAGUGGACUUCUAUUGAGAAAGUUCAAGUCGAUCAUUGCUGAAAGUAACCGAGUCGAACAACAAUUCAAACAAAGAGCCAAGAAAAUGGAGAUUGUACGCCACGCUGUUGUCGCAACUGGAGAUACUCAAUUCCCUUCCGAAGUCUUUUUCUUGGAAGAAGCCCUGGAGGGCACAUACGUCAAGUAUUCAAGUAACAUUGACUUUGAUGUUGCCGAAGAUCAACCUGGAAUGGAACCGAGAAUCUGUCGAUUAAUGAAUGCAUUCACACACUGGUCCUAUGUUGAAUCAAAGGGUAACAGCUUGAUUUGUGACUUACAAGGAGUUGGGCCAAUCCUCACCGGACCACAAAUCAUUGAUUUGGACCAUACGCAAUGGGCUGAUGGUAAUAAUGCGAAGGAAGGCAUUUCGAUGUUUAUCAAAAACCACAUCUGUAACGAAUUUUGUAUACAACUCAGAUUGGAAUCUCCCGAUACAAUCAAUAAAGAUAAUCCCUCAAACAUUUCUACUUCCAACCAACUACAAAGACUUACUGGAAGAAUUACGACACCUAAAAGACCACCUGCUCACCAAAUACAAAUACAAUCUUCCCUUGCGAGAAAAUCCAGUCUUUCUCAUAUUAUUAAUUAUGCCAAUGGAGCUCUUCCUUCUGGCUGGUUAUCUGAUCAUCCUGCAACCACCACCGACUAG